AUGAAUAUAUUGGAGGGACUUGCAAUCUCAUUAGAAAUACCUGAAUCAGAAGGCGGAAGAUUUUGGUUUAAAAGUAGACAUAGAUAUGAAAAGAAAUCAGGAAGUGUUUUAAGAGCGUUACAUUAUCCACCAUCAACUUUCUUCACCGAAAAUAUCAAAGAAAAAGACACUAGAGCUGGAAGUCAUUCAGAUUAUGGAUCUUUAACACUGCUAUUUCAAAAAGAUGUUGGUGGUUUAGAAAUAUAUUUGGGUGAUAGUAAUGACAAUAGUGGUGAUGGAGAUAAUGGAGAAGAAGAAUCCAAGUGGAUUUCAGCUCCAAUUAUACCAGGAUGUAUAAUAAUUAAUAUUGGAGAUUUAAUGAACUUUUGGACAAAAGGUUUAUUAAAAUCUACAAAACAUCGUGUAGUAUUUAAAAACAAUACAAUGAAUACAGAUAGAUAUAGCAUCGCCUAUUUCCUUCAUCCUGAAGAUGAUACUCAUUUAGAUCCAAUUCCGAGUAGAUUUAUUGAUAAUUCCACUAUUCCUAAUACCGAUAAUGUUGAAGGAGGGAAGAGUGAAAGAGUGGGAAAUGAUAGUAGUAAGAAAAUGACAGCUGGAGACUAUUUAAAAUAUAAAUUAGAUAUGACUCAUUUUACUUAUUAA